AUGGCUGACAAACAGAACAACAAGGGGAAGGAGAAAAUGCGCUGCUCGGAGUCGCUGUCCGACGAUUCAGAUUCAGUACGUCCCUGCAAGAGGCCCCGGCGGCCGGCUCCAGAGACCACCCCGGAGCAGCAGAGCGCACAAGGUCCGCUGAAGAUCAGGGAUCGAAAGGGAUGGCAGCAUGGUACCAUCAUUGACGGAAGCAGAAACUGGCAGUGCAAGUACUGCCCCAUGGUCGGGCGCAGCGGCGGGGUCACCAGCCUCAAGCAUCAUGUUGCUGGUGGCAGCACCAGGGUAAGGGGCUGCCCAUCUGCCCCCAAAGAAGUCUCCCGUGAGAUGAGACGUUUGUUGAACAGCAGGAGGCGGAAACCAAAGUGGACUGCACGGAAAGGGACUGUUGUGCGGCCGGCUAUGGCCACAACCACUGAGCCCAAGAACUCUGUACCCAGCGAUUCGACAGAAGGUUCUGAUGAAAACCGUGCAUUCCCCUCCCCGGCAUCAUUCAUGACACGUCUUGUGGACAUGAUGCUUGCUGCCGCAGAGGUGCUGAGCAAGGAGGAGGAGCAGGCCAAGGACUCUGAAAAGAAGCCAUGA